GUGGCAAGACUUUAACUGUUGAACAGCUUCAAUAUGUAAAAGAUACAAUCAAUCGAGGUUUCGGUGCCGUCGUAUAUUACUACAAUUCUGCUACUAAUCAGGUGAAACAAGCUGUGUACUUAGACAUACGAAGCUAA